AUGAAGGGGAAACAUUCUGCAUUGGUUUGGACGACAGUCUUUGCUCUUUUUAUUCUCUGUUUUGGAGGGGUAGUCGGGCAGGUUCGGUAUUCUGUGCCGGAGGAAAUGGCUCCCGGGUCCUUUGUUGGUGAUAUAGCCAAGGAUUUAGGAUUGGAUGCUAAAAGACUGGUAACUGGCAAAGCGCAGAUUUUCUCAAAGAAUGGCCGUGAAUACGUGGACCUAGACCGCGAGAGAGGACACAUUGUCACCAAGGAGAGAAUUGACCGUGAGUUGCUUUGUGCGGGCGCAAUGUCUGCCUGCAGUUUCAGCUUCGAAGUCAUUCUUGAGAACCCCAUCGAGCUGUACCGUGUUACUGUGGAAAUAUUAGACGUCAAUGACAACAGCCCUACAUUUCCCAAAAAUGAGAUUUUAUUAGAAAUAAGUGAAUCAGCCACGCCCGGUGCGCGUUUUACCCUCGAAAAUGCCGUGGAUCCAGAUGUAGGGUUGAAUGGUCUUCAGAGCUAUUCUGUGCAUCCGAGUGAUCAUUUUGCACUAAAGAAACAAACGCGAUCAGGUAGUAGUAAAAAUGUCGAGCUGGUUUUACAAACUCCUUUAGACAGAGAGAAGGAAGAGCAUAUGUAUUUAACCCUUACUGCAGUAGAUGGAGGCAAUCCAAAACGAUCUGGUACCGUAAAGAUCCACAUUGUUAUCCUUGACGCCAAUGAUAAUGCUCCAGUAUUUACGCACGACUCUUACAAAAUAUCUGUUCCUGAAAACACGCCAAAAGGCACAGUGCUUAUGACUGUAAAUGCCACAGAUGCAGACACGGAUUCAUAUGCUCGUAUUCAAUAUUAUUUUGAGCAUGCAACAGCUUCGAUAAAGGAGUUAUUCUCUAUCGAUGCCUCCACUGGUGAAAUAACACUGAUUGGCAAUUUAGAUUUUGAAAAAUCUUCCGUCCAGGAGUUUAGUGUGCAAGCUAAAGACCGUGGUGGGUUGUCUGAUUCCACUGACGUGAUUAUUGAGGUGACUGAUGUAAAUGACAAUGCACCUGUGAUGGCUCUUAUGUCCUAUUCCAACACCUUACCCGAGAACGCACCUCCUGGCACAGUCAUAGCCAUGAUAAACGUGCAAGACGAUGACUCAGAUGAAAAUGGCAAAGUGACAUGCUCUAUAGACAGUGGCCUCCCAUUUAAAAUAAAGUCGUCUUUAACUGACUACUUCAGCCUGGUAACCGAUUCAGAGUUAGACAGAGAGGAAAUGUCCGUGUAUAAUAUCACUGUUACAGCGAAAGAUAAUGGCAACCCCCCUCAGUUUAGUUCGAAGACCUUGUCGGUUAAGAUAUCAGAUAUCAAUGACUACGCUCCUGUUUUUGAGCAUGAAACAUACAAUGCCUUCAUCAUGGAGAAUAACUCGCCGUCUUUGUCUAUAUUAGCACUGCGAGCAAGUGAUGCAGAUUUGGGUCCAAAUGCGCGAAUAUCAUAUUUCAUAGUGGAUAGUGAUUUUAAAGGCACACCUGUGUCAUCCUUGGUAUCUAUUAACUCGGAAACUGGAGUGAUAUACGCUACAAAAUCCUUCGACUAUGAACAGGUUAAAUCAUUCAGCGUAAACAUAAAGGCACAAGAUGGCGGUUCGCCUCCUCUGAGCAGCAACGUGACGGUAAAUGUUUUCAUCCAAGAUCAGAAUGACAACGCACCUCAGAUUUUGUACCCUGUACAGUCUGGUGCCUCUGUAGUGGCUGAAAUCGUACCUCGUUCAGCAGAUAUAGGAUAUCUGGUCACUAAAGUGGUGGCUGUGGAUGUGGACUCUGGUCAGAAUGCUUGGCUCUCAUACAAACUCCUGAAAUCCACUGACAGGGUGUUAUUUGAAAUCGGUGCACAGAAUGGGGAAAUAAGAACUGUGCGCCAAGUCACUGACAAAGACGCUGUCAAGCAGAAACUCACUGUUGUAGUGGAGGACAACGGACAACCCUCUCGCUCUGCCACAGUCAACGUUAACGUGGCGUUAGCUGACAGCUUCCCUGAAGUGCUUUCUGAGUUCAGUGAUUUUACGCACGACAAGGAGUACAACGACAACCUGACUUUUUAUCUCGUCUUGGCGCUGGCAGUUGUGUCAUUUCUCUUCAUCGUUUCAAUAAUAGCCAUACUAUCAGUAAAGUGCUACAGGUGGAGACGUGAGCAGUUGUUUUAUAAAUCAAACGCCAAUUUGCCCGUCAUUCCAUAUUACCCGCCCCUUUACGCAGACGUCGGGGGCACAGGGACACUAAAGCACAUGUACAAUUAUGAACUGUGUGGAACAACUGACUCCAGAAAGAGCGAUCUGAAGUAUGUCAGGCCUGGCAGUCAGAGUGUCCUCAAUGUGGACCUAAGUGGCACAAGAACUGUGCCAAGGCAUACACAUCCUGUGGAGGAUUGUGGUGACAUCUUGGAGGUGAGACUUCACACAGUUAUCAGUUGUACCAGUAACAUUUCUUUCUGCAGCACCUUAUCUAUAGGAGAAUGGUAUCUUUUUUUCUCAUCAUUUUGACUAUAACCAUGUGCAAUAUUCGGGGUGAUGUUUUCCCUCAACUUCAGUUUCAUUUCAUUGUGAUAUCUUGGCCAUUGGGCUGGGCGGCUCAUGCAAGAGUUCGAAAAAGCAAUCAAUGUAUGUGUAAGUCUGUACUUAAGGCAACCCUUGAAUAUAUGGCUUAAAGCAGAAAUGUUAUGAUUAUGGUAUUACAAGCAACCAUAAGCAUGGUGCUACAAGCAAUCAUAAGAACCACAAAUCUGUAACAGUGUUAUGCAAAACA